AAAAGAGCAAGAUUACAGGAAGCUUCCAUGGAGACAAGGGACGCCGUGUGGUCGCUAUGCACAGAGUAGCCACAAGUUGGAAACUCUCUGUGCCGUUUUAUGUUUCCUAAUUGGUGUGGAAUUUUAGAAAGUUAUAAAGGCACUUGUUUUUGAAGUAAGCCGUAUGUAACGUUAGGUAACGUUAGCUAGCGCACAUGGUUUUAUCCUCUAGCUAGCUAACACUAAAGUUACCAUCUCCAAUGCAGAAAGAAACUUGGUUAGCCACGGUUAAUAUAACGUGUAAACAUGUAAGUUAAUACAUCAAAGUGUGCUAAGUAAUAGCCAGAUAGCAUUUGGAAGAGCGUCGGUUUAAAAAUGUGGAAACGGGGCGGUCGAAGCUCUGCUCUGGACCGAGCUCAGGCACUGCUGUCCGCGAAGAGGAACAGCAGAGGGGACGCAGAGCCCGUGCAGGGGUCUACAGCCAAAACACGGGUACAUGCGGGUGCUGUGGGUCGGUCUGUGGAAACCAGAUCUGCUCCCCGAAAUGCACACACUCCUUUCUCAGAUGUGAGUGACCUGUCUUCAGUCAGCUCAGCUCCUGAGGAUGGUGCACACACUGUGCACACUGCUGCUGCUGCUGGGAAGACCCAGGGAAAAGAGGGGGAUAUUACCAAGGAUCUCAGACCUCAGAGCUCUCUGGGUGGGGGAGGGAGCAGGUUCUUGAAGAAGGCUCCACCAACUGCAAAAAACAGCAGCCAGUCACCUGUCAGCAGGAGCCAACUGCAGCAGGUGCCUGAACCCAGAUAUGUGUCAUCUUCCCAGCGAGGUUCCCAGACUGCUGCUCUGAGCAGACUGGCUCAAAUUGAGAGCCGCAUCCACACCCGCAAGCAGGCCAGACAGGGGCCAGUACCUGCGGAGAAUCUAACCUCAGACUUGGAAAUCUCACAGCCACCAGCUGCCCAGUCCCUUGAGGCCUCUGUGCAACUCUCAGCACAGUCCAGCAGUGACCAGAGCCUGAGGGGGAAUCGUUUCCUCAAAAAAAACGUAGCUGUAGCUGUUAAUAAUAGUGCUGUUGCCAGGUCUCCAGAAGGCACAGAUGUUGGUGUCCGGUCUAGGUCCAGAGCUGCUGAUGCUGUAGUCCCUUUGGUGGGUUCUGACAUUAAGUCAGUGAGAGUAGUGAGUGGUGUGAGUCUGGAAAGUGAUGAAGAGGACAUGAGGAAACUGCUUGGAGACUCGUUGGAUUCAAUGGACAACAGCUUCUUAUUAGCAGGGAGACACUCUUCCAAAAGAUCAGCAGACAAGAUGUUGAGCCAAAGCAAUCCGAAGGUCCACUCCACACCCCCUCUCGCUGCUGUCCCUCCCGCAUCCUCCUCCAACAAAUCGCCACCUCGCUCCCCUGCAUCUCCUUCUCGCCGCAGUUCUCCUUUUCGAUUCACCGGCCAGGCUCAGGCCCGCUUCAGCCCCUCUGUGCUCUCCCCAUCCCCGUCUCCCGCCUGCGUCUCUCCACAGCGCUCCCUCUCGUCCAUGUCAGGCCGCAGUGAGGUUCUCUCUCUGGCAGAGCUCUUCCCCGUUGGGCCUGGCUCUCCAGAUCCCCACAGUGAGCUGAGUGCACUUUCUUCUGAAGACUUCAAGAUAAAUGUGAUGACGUUAGACGACCUUGUCCCUGCUAACCUUGGAUUUACUGAGGAAACACCAGGAAAGGAGAGAGAAGCCAGCUCCCCUCUUCCUGGAUCUGUGAACAGACAUCAACAGUUGGCAAGAUCUAAGGAGAGGGAGAAAGAAGAGGAAGAGCAGCAGCAGCAGGAGGACCAGCUGGACUACCAAAGUGACUUUGAGAGUGAGUGCAGGACAGAACCAGAUUACAGUGCCAGCCAGGUUUCAGAGCAUGUGCAAGUGGAUGGAGACGAAGAGGAGGUGCUAUCGGAGGUCAGAGAAGAGGCUUCAGAUUCAAACAUGUCCUGUGGGAGAACAGACGAUGAUUACUCAAGCACUUUCUCAGAUACAAGUCGCUGCUACGCCUCACGGACUUCAGAUGGCAGUCAAACACUCAACAGAGGCAGGGACUCAAGAUCCUCUGUAUCACAUGGCAGCCGAACCUUAUCUCGCCAGUCAGGGAGGCGCGCUUCAACCAGGAAGGCUUUAAAAGAGGCGGCAGUACAGACUCAGACUGAUCCAGUGGCUUACACAUGGCCUGCCGGUAUGGCGACUUUUGGUCCUGCAUUGGGUAUGACCUACAUGGAUCCCACCCCAGUGGUCGCUCAUACUCUCAGUGCAGAAAUUGUGGAAGCUCGUAGCAACUUUAAUCCAGCUGUAUUUGCACUCAACGAAAUGCUGAAACAGCAACUUGCCAUGACAAGGCGGUACAUCGAAAGCAGCCGACGUCUUCACUCCAGCCUGGUGCAGAGCCUGGAACCACCAAACUAUAGAUACACCACACUGGAGGAAACCAAGGAGUACAUUCGCAAGCACAGGCCUUCCAAACUGACAAUGGAGGAGGCCUUACAGGAGGUGCUGCAGGAGAUGAGAGACUACCAUCAUAUCUGACCGGUGGUACUGAAUGUCGUGGAUCACAGAACCCCAGAAUGUGUGGAGCAAGGGACAUUUACCAUGUCCUUCUUAUUAAGACAUUUUAUACAGAAUUAAAUUUUUCUACUGCAGAAAGAAUUAUAGUAUUUGUUAUUAGUCUGUCAUAAAACAUGCUGUUAAGAGUUGUGUGCUUUUUUAAAAGUGCAAUCAUGUCGUACAUUCAAACUUGUGUCAAGGUUUAAAUUAUGCAAUUACAAGCCUCUGUGUAUCAGUUCAUGGAGUGAUUUGAAGAAGAAAUAAUGAUAAAGUGUUACACCUUCA